AUGAUGCAGCUCAGUCUUGUCCUCCUUACUCUCCUCGCCGGGGCAUCAGCCGCGCCCAUUAAGGGAAUCGAACGGGCGACGAUCGAGGAUGAAUACGACUUCAUCAUCGCAGGAGGCGGCACCGCCGGCCUCGUCCUCGCGAAUCGCCUCUCCGAGUCUGGCAAACAGCGGGUCCUCGUUCUUGAAGCGGGGCCGACUCCCGACGUCGUCGCAGCCUACAAGCCCCCCGGCGGCAACCAGUUUCUCGGCGGCACCGCCAUUGACUGGUCUUUCUACACCACCCCCCAGGAACACCUUGACGACCGCAUCCUGCGCUACCACCGUGGCCGGUGCUUGGGCGGCAGCAGCGUAACCAACGGCUUCUACUACGGCCGCGGCAGCGCUUCAGUGUACGAUGACUGGGUCAAAGUCGGGAACCCCGGGUGGGGAUGGGACGAUGUAUACCCUCUUUUCGUCAAGGGCACACACUUCAACCCUCCUACCGACCACGAAGUCAAAGGCUUCGACGUAAGCUACAAGACCUGGGACCCCUCCGCCUAUUCCGAUGGGCCUCUCGAGCUCGGUUUCCAGGGCUAUGUGCCGCCCUCCGGCGUCGGCUUCAUCGAAGCAUCCGCCGAUGCUCUGCAGAUCCCUAUCGUCAAUGACUACAACACCGGCAACAGCACCGGUGUCAAGCAGGGAACAGGCCACAUGGAUUCCCGCUUCCACCGCAGCUCCAGCUAUGAUAGCUAUCUCAAGAAGGCCAUCAACAGGACGAACCUCGACGUAUUGUACUUUGCGCCCGUCUGGAAGAUCAACUUCGACACCGAAGGCGAGAAGCCCAAGGCUACCGGAGUGGCGUUCAUGGACCACCCAACGGGGAUGGUGCAUGAGGUGAAGGCGAAGAAGGAGGUUAUCGUCAGCUCGGGAGCCUUCAAUUCGCCUCAACUGCUCAUGGUUUCUGGCAUUGGUCCAAAAGAUCAACUCGAACAAUUCGCCAUCGAACCGGUCCUCAUCAACGAGAACGUCGGUCAACACCUAAACGACCACUCCGUCUUCUCCAUCAUGGCAAAAUCGACCCCAGAAUUCUCCACAUCAGACAUGGCCGCCACCUACUCCGCCCUCCGCGAGGCCCAGCUCCAGUUCCACGCCAACGGCACGGGCGACUACACGGCCCCGUCGGGAAUCACAAACGCCUUCCAGAAGCUGUCUGAGCAGGAACUCCACGCCAUCGGCGCGGGCGACGUCGUGACCGCCGGCCUCGCGAACCAGUCGCACAUCGAAUACCUCUUCGAAUCCGUCUUCUACCCCAGCGGGCCGACGCCGUUCUACACGCCCCUCGGUAACGAGACGUACAUCUCCCUGACGGCGUCCAGCAUGGUCGCCUUGUCCCGCGGAAACGUGACGUUGCGGUCGAACUCGAUGGCCGAGUUUCCCAACAUCAACCCCAAUUACUACGCACAUAUCGCAGACCGCAAAAUCGCAGUCCAGUCCUUCAAAUACCUCCGCAAGAUCCUCGCUCACCCGCGCAUGUCCGCGUUCACCGUCGGCCCCAACCACGGCGAAGUAUCGCCGGGCACCGCCGUCUCCGAGGACGACGAGGAGGCCAUCCUAUCUUACGUCCGCAAGAACACGAUCCCCAACUGGCACGCUUCCGGCACAAACCAGAUGCUCCCAUUGGAAGACGGCGGCGUCGUCGACCCGCGUCUCCGCGUCUACGGCGUGGACGGCCUGCGGGUGGUGGACUGCAGCAUCAUCCCCAUUCUGCCCGACGUCAACAUUGUCGCGUCGGUGUUCAUGAUUGGCGAAAAGGGGGCGGAGAUGAUUCGCGAGGACUGGAAGGACGUUUAA